GGUCAAAUUCCUGAUUUGCGACGCUGGGUUGGAGCACAUCUAUGUUACGAGCAUUGCGUGACCUUGAUCUUUACCACUCUUGAUCAGCCAUCAAAGACGCGAAACGUGACAAAGUGGCCAUUUAACGUUGAUCCGUUUCUGUUGCAGCUUUCGGAGGAUAUCGGCUACGUUCUUUACUCCGCGCUCGGCAGCUUCUACAUCCCGUCAUGCAUCAUGGUGUUCGUGUACAUACGCAUUUACUUCGCGGCGAAGGCCCGUGCGCGCCGCGGCAUCCGGAAGCAGCCACGUCCGCGCGCAGUGGUGCCACCCGAAUCGCCGGACGUCAGGCAGACCAGCUUCACGCAAAGCACGCCAGCCACUGAUUCGAAAAAGCCGCCUGGCUCCGCGAUGGAGAACGUCGCCACCAUCGAGAACCAGCCCGUGCAAAUCCCCAUUGUCACCUGCGACUUUGCCAGCGACGUUAGCACAUCCGAAGCGGAUCCUGGCGGGGGGAGCAGCAUUCCCAUGGAGGAAAAGGACACGCUGAAGGUAACGAUCCCAGUCCCGGUGCAAAAGAGCAGCCUGAAGGCAACGCUGUCAGUAAACGGCGACGGCCAAUCGAGCGUGCCGUCGCGAGGCAGGGCGCCCAGCGUCGGCAUCGACGUCGACAUGGUGUCAGAGUUCGACCCGUCGUCGUCGGACAGUGGCGUUGUAUCCAGGUGUGCGGUGGUGAAGCCUCUGAAGAUCCGACUCUGCCAGCCGAUCUUCGGCCGUAAGAAUCUCGGUAAGUUCAGAAGAGAGCACGGGGACGGAGGGCGUACGUCCGGCAAGGACGAGGCUAGCGUCGAGGCGAAAUCGUCGAAACCACGGGACCCGGAGAGAGAGAAGAGGAGACUGGCGAGAAAGAAGGAGAAACGUGCCACGCUGAUACUCGGUUUCAUCAUGGGCAGCUUCAUCGCCUGCUGGCUGCCGUUCUUCGUCCUCUACAUCGCGAAACCUCUGUUCCCGCGCGUCGAAAUACCCACGCAGGCGUUCGUCAUCGCGUUCUGGCUCGGCUACAUGAACUCCGCGCUGAACCCGUUCAUCUACACCGUCUUCAACAAGGACUUUCGCCGCGCGUUCCGCAGGAUACUGUGGAAA